UUGUGUUUCAAUUUGGGUUGAUCAAUUUCCUCUUAUGUGUUUUAUAAUUCACUGGAAUUAACUUCAUUGAUAAUGCUCUAUUAGGUUCUAUAAAGGGUCUAACUAACAACCAGCUGGAGGAAAUUGGUUGUCAGAUCAUUUUGGGGAACACAUACCAUUUGGCUCUUCAUCCUGGUGCUGAAUUGAUAGAUGAUAUCGGCGGUCUUCACAAAUUUAUGAACUGGAAAAGAGCAUUACUUACUGAUUCUGGUGGUUUUCAAAUGGUUUCCCUGCUGCAUUUGGCUGAUAUUACUGAAGAGGGAGUAACGUUUCAGUCUCCUGCUGAUGGUAAACCUAUGUUAUUAACUCCGGAAGAAUCAAUCCGCAUCCAGAACAAAAUAGGAGCUGAUAUCAUCAUGGCUCUUGAUGAUGUUGUAAAGACCACAAUUACUGGCCCUAGAAUCGAGGAAGCUAUGUAUCGAACUCUUCGUUGGAUUGACAGAUGCAUAGCCGCUCAUAAAAGACCUGAAGUGCAAAACCUAUUCGGUAUUGUACAGGGAGGACUUGAUCCGACUCUCAGAGAUAUAUGCGUGAAGGGCCUGGUUAGUCGCAAUUUACCCGGGAGGUGAAGAUAAAGACUCUUUUUGGCGCGUUGUAGCACAGUGCACUGCUGCCCUACCAGAGGAUAAGCCCCGCUAUGUGAUGGGUGUUGGUUAUCCGCUAGAUAUUGUAGUUUGCAGCGCGCUAGGUGCAGAUAUGU